GUUAUCACGUGUAAUAUGCGAUUAGCAAAUCUAACUUCAUAAGUUUCAGUAUAACACCGCGGCCACCUGAGACACGACCAAUGCAUACUUGUGCGCGCACCUCCCCCUGCCGUCACAAUUGCACAAGUACAUAUGUCUUGUCGAGACGUACAAUGUAAAGUGGUGCACUGAGCAAGUGGAUAAAUUCUUACAGUGCGUUGAAAAAUUGAAACUUGCAAAAACAUAGAGGAAAUGGUAAAGCUGAAGCGAUGUAUUUUGCUGGACUUGGCGGUGGCGGCGUUCGGGUUAGGCUCAUGGCUGGGCGUCAACGGCACGUUCCUGCAGGCGCCGCUGCUGCUGCGUCGGCAGCCCGAAGGCUGGGCGCUGCCCUCCUGGAUCACGCUGGCCGUGCAGCUCGGCAACCUCGGCAUAGCCGCGCACGCGCUCUCUCGUCGUCUACUGCCGCGCACAUCAGACGCCGCACACAUCUACUGCCUGCUGGCUACAGGCGCCGCCGCGCUCUUUCUCAACGCCUUCCUGCAUCCCGAAACCGUGUCUUUGGCCGGCGCGGACCGCUCCCUUGCCUUCCUCGCUUUGACCUUCUGUUCUGCGCUUGUCGGGUGCACCAGUUCCGUACUCUUCUAUCCCUAUUUAAGAUAUUUCCGUGAAGAGUAUCUAGUCACGUACCUGGUGGGGGAAGGUAUGAGCGGUCUUCUACCGAGCAUCCUGGCGUUGAUUCAAGGCGUCGGAGGCGAACCCGAGUGCGUCCCAUCUCCCGACGGCUCGAUGUGGACCGCCGUCCAUCCCCUGCCGCUUUUCGACACCGACUUGUUCCUGUCAAUUUUAGGAGGUUUAUCGAUAGUGAGUCUUCUGAGUUUCACCUAUAUCCACAAUACGUCCCAAUUCGAUUCAGAACGAAAAUUGCCAACGGAGAGUAAAGAGCAGCGGCAAGAGGCCCGGGUGUGUCUACUCGAACAGUCCUGGGUGUGUCUGCUCGCAGCGUCGGCGGCGCUUAACUGCAUCAACAACGGCGUGCUGAACGCGGUCCAGUCCUACUCGUGCAUGCCGUACGGCGCGGCCACGUACCACCUGGCGGCGACGUUGAAGGUGGUCGCGGACCCCGCAAUCUGCCUGGCAGCGGUGUGGAUAGCGCCGCUGUCUGUCCGCGCGCUGGUAGCGAUUUUGGCCGCCGCCACGGGACCGUUGGCGUACAUGUUGGCGACAGCGCUGCUUAGCCCCACGCCGCCGCUGCAGGACCAAGUCGCCGGACGGGCACUUAUCGUGUCGUCGUGGCUGGCGGGCGCGGCGGCGCUGGCGUACGCGCGGCUGUGGGUGGCGCUGCGAGCGCGGCGCGGCGGCGCGCGAGCCAUGCGCGCCUGCGGGGCGUUCGGCCAGCUCGGCUCCAUCCUCGGCACGCUCACAAUGUUCCUGCUGGUCAACUUCACGCGACUUUUCACGCAGGCGCCGACGGCGGCCUGCCCCCCCGCGCACACUCUCUACGGAGAUGCACCACACGCAUACACUCCAACUAUACUUGUUGAAGUAUAG